CAGCGCCCGCGAGCCAAAGUUAGCGAGCGCAGCAGGAGCGGCUGCCCGGACGAGGCUAACAUGGCGCUGGGCUGGAGCGGGCGGCCGCGCGGAGGGGGCGAGGCCGGGGCGCGGGCCGGGCUGGCGCUGGUGGCGCUGGUGUGCCUGGCGUCCGGCGCCGGCGCCGCACAGGAGCACCUGGCCGCCCGCGCGGGGCCCCUGGUCCUGGGCAUGAGGCUGGAGAGCAGCAACCUGCCCGCGCCCAACGCGGCGAACUUCUCCCCCAUCCAGGUGCUGGAGGGCACCGAGAUCAAGCUGCGCCUCUACGGGCUGGGCAUGCACGCCCGCGUCUUCGAGAUGGUCUCCUUCUCCGAGGUGGGCCCCGGCGGCAACGCCUCCUUCUGGGUCGAGGCCGCCAACGCCACCUGCCCCGAGAAGACGCAGGACCUGGUGGUGCACCGGCGAGCCGAGGAGAGCAGGGACACCUCGGCCGUGGUCUCCGUGACGGUGCAGCUCCUGCGCAAGGCGGAGAAGUCCAAGCUGUACGUUCUGUGCACGCAGAGCGGCCCCGGGCAGCCCUGGCUGCCCUUGGAGGGCCGCGAUGCCUUCCUGCAAGUGAUGGAGGAGAAGAAGCACCUGCUGCCCCUCUGGUUCCAGGUGAUCCUCAUCUGCUUCCUCCUGGUCCUCUCGGGCAUGUUCAGCGGGCUCAACCUGGGCCUCAUGGCCCUGGACCCCAUGGAGCUGCGCAUUGUGCAGAACUGCGGCACCGAGAAGGAGAAGCGCUACGCCCGCCGGAUCGAGCCCAUCCGUCGGAAGGGCAACUACUUGCUCUGCUCCCUCCUCCUGGGUAACGUGUUGGUCAACACCACGCUCACCAUCCUCCUCGACGAUCUCAUCGGCUCUGGACUGGGGGCCGUUGUGGCCUCCACCACGGGCAUCGUGAUCUUUGGGGAGAUCGUCCCGCAGGCCCUUUGCUCCCGUCAUGGCUUGGCGGUGGGGGCCAACACCAUUGUGGUCACCAAGUUUUUCAUGCUGUUGACCUUUCCCCUCUCCUUCCCUGUCAGCAAGCUCUUGGACUGCGUGCUUGGUCAAGAAAUUGGCACGGUCUACAAUCGGGAGAAGCUGGUGGAGAUGCUGAAGGUGACGGAACCUUACAAUGACCUGGUGAAGGAGGAGCUGAACAUGAUCCAAGGGGCUCUGGAGCUUAGGACUAAGACCGUGGAAACUGUCAUGACCCCACUGCACGACUGUUUCAUGAUCAACAGUGACGCCAUCUUGGAUUUCAACACCAUGUCUGAGAUCAUGGAGAGUGGCUACACUCGUAUCCCCGUCUUUGAGGAGGAGCGGUCCAACAUUGUGGAUAUACUUUACGUCAAGGACCUGGCCUUUGUUGACCCUGAUGACUGCACCACCCUCAAGACCAUCACCAAGUUCUACAACCACCCUGUCCAUUUUGUCUUCCAUGACACCAAGUUGGAUGCCAUGCUGGAGGAAUUCAAGCUGGGUAAAUCACACCUGGCCAUUGUCCAGAAGGUGAACAACGAAGGCGAAGGUGACCCUUUCUAUGAGGUGCUGGGCCUGGUGACACUGGAGGACGUCAUUGAGGAAAUCAUCAAGUCAGAGAUCCUGGACGAGUCAGAUAUGUACACUGACAACCGAUCCAGAAAACGAGUGAAUAACCAGAAGAGCAAAAGGGACUUCUCUGCCUUUAAGGACAAUGACACAGAGUCCAAGGUGAAGAUCUCCCCGCAGCUGCUCCUAGCUGCUCACCGCUUUCUCUCUACAGAAGUUACACAGUUCACCCCCUCCCUCAUUUCGGAAAAGAUCCUGCUUCGCUUGCUCAAGCACCGCGACGUCAUCAAUGAGCUGAAGUACGAUGAGGAAAACAAGAAGUGCCCCCAGCACUUCCUCUUCAACAGGAACAAGCCGGCCGACUUCUUCAUCCUCAUCCUGCAGGGCAAAGUGGAGGUGGAGGCCGGCAAGGAGAAUAUGAAAUUUGAGACCGGUCCUUUCUCCUAUUACGGAGUGAUGGCAUUGAGCCCGUUGGUCACCACAACUUUGCCUGUCGUACCCCAGCACCAGCCUCUUAUGCCCCGAGCAUCUUUGUUUCCCAGGGUGUCAGUUUCAGAGGUGCGUUCUCCAUCUCACUUGAGCAAUCUGAAUCGGUCGGCCUCCCUCUGCUACCAUGAGCGCUCUGACUCCAUCUCCUCCAACUUCAGCGGCAGCAACAACCAGCUCAACGCCAGCGCCAGCUCCCAGUACAUCUCUGACUUCAGCGUCCGCGCCCUUACGGACCUGCAGUAUAUUAAGAUCACACGCCUCCAGUAUCAAAAUGGUCUCAUGGCCUCCCGUCUCGAGAGCUGCCCCCAGUCUCCUGAUGGCGGCACCCCCAAAUUGGACACCUCCUUGUCAGAAAAGGUGGAGACCUCAGUGACGGACGAAACAACCAGCCUUUUGAACGAGAGGAACUGCCAACACAACAAAGCAAACCACAGCCCCCCAGACAACGUCGUCUGACCCCGGCCUUUGGGCGACCCAGUCUGGUUGGUUUUGCCUUCCAAAGACGAGAACUGGGGGGCGGUGGCAGGGAACACACCAGUGCCCACAAGAGGAUUUUGAUUGUGUACCUACAAACCUCAGGUAGUGGCUGCAGCCAGGGAGGGAGAAUAUCCAGAUGAUUUUUCUCUCUAAGCUCUCCCCACAUCCACACAUCCACACAUCCACUCUUCCUUUGCAGGACAGUUUGAUCCAUCAACGGCCGGCAGCCUGACCAUGGAAACAGCUGCCCAGCUGCUGACGAAAAGGAUGCGGGUUCUGGAUACCAAAGGGAACUUGGUCACAAAGGGCCAAAGCCCAAACUGUGUGCUGUGAUCUGGAUGCACCUGUUUUCAUUUCAGGCGGGGGUUGGGGAGGGGCUGGCUGCCCUGAAGAUUUCCAAAGGGAGCUUGCUCCCUGCUUGCUUUUCUACACCAGCUUUUUAUUUAAACAAACAGAAAGAGACAAAACGGCAGCACGGCCAGGCCCAUUUAGAAGAGAGGAACCCUAUUCUGGAGCACACCUGGCUCUUCUCCAGCUGAGACCACCUUGUGAAGAGUGCCCCCCCCUGCCUCCAAUCCAGAGGCUGGCAGGUAGAGAGACCACACAGAACUGGCCAGAAGGGAGCAGGGCAGCUGCUGGGGUCCUACGAAGGCAACAGCAGCCCCCUGGUGAGAGGACAAGAACCCUUUUUUUGUCUCAGGAAGUUCUGUAUCUUGCGUGUUGUCUGGGGGGGUCUGUUCUGUUGUUGUGUUAUAUUUUUAUGUUUUUAUCCAGCCCAUUGGGCACUGGACAGGAGGCGAGUGUCUGACAAACAUCUAGGAACUAAGCAGGGUUUAAAAGUUGCUGGAACCUGCCCUCUGUCCCUGGCCUGCCUCCAGGGGCAGCGGUGGGUGAGAGUGUUUCUGCUUGGAGGGAUGGGAACUGUUGCUUCCUCAUUCCCACUGAAGAAAGUGUGCCCCAAGGAUAAUUAGAUGAAUUGUGUCACUUCACGAAUGCUUUCCCGGUGUGCUGUAUGAAAAGCUCCCUGGAAAACAAGAAAUGAUUGUAGCAGGGAGAAGGCAGGGCUAGAAUUUGUUGUGCUCUUCUCUACUUGCAGGGAGUUUAUGUUCUCUUAGUUGUUGCUCUUGUUUGUUUUUACAUGGGGUGGGGGGUGGGGAACAUUCAGAUACAGACUCCAAUGGUACAGUCCCUUCUGCCGAUUUCUUCUCCUGUGCAGAUCAGGCCAAGAAUGAUCCGCUCUGCUCGGCUCCUAGUUUCAAGGUCUCAUGCAGAAAUCUAACAGAGCCAGUGACAAUUCCCAGAUCUUGUAUGCGGUGCCUUUUGGGACUUAGCAGAGUUGGAAGUGACAAUGGCAGUUGCAGCACAGGAACAGCCCCGAAGGGUUUCCAGAUGCAGGAGUUUUCAGUCAUAACUGAAAUAAUAAAUUGUCUUUUGCUUUGUUCCUGUAAAGCCUGAUUUCUAUCUAAAUUGGUGGUGGUUUACCCCUUAAGCCCAGUGGAGGCAACCUUCAAUGGCAUGUGUGAAAACAGCAAAUUCAUGCAGUCACUUAUUAUGGGGGAAAUGACACCACUUGGAGGGGUCCCCUCCAUUCUUCUGUAGUUACUUUGGAUAGAUGACUUUCCACUGGGUGGAAUCAGGACACAGCCACGUUGAGGAUUUCCAUAUAUUCCGGCGUAUAAGGCGACUGGGCGUAUAAGACGACCCCCAACUUUUCCAGUUAAAAUAUAGCGUUUGGGAUAUACUCGCCGUAUAAGAAAUACGACUCGGCGUAUAAGACGACCCCCAACUUUUGAGAAGACUUUCCUGGGUUAAAAAGUAGUCUUAUACGCAAGAAUAUACAGUAAUUUUCAGUGGCCAAGAGUCUUUUCAUUAUGCCUCACUACAGAAUGAAUCCAGCCCAGCCAUUGCUGCUGGUUCAGUUUGCCCCGAGGGGAUUUGGGUGGUGUGCAGACAUCUCACAUUUAGGUCUCCACUCUCCACCUUACUAAAUGGAGCUCAGGAACAUUUUCAAACACACUUGUCAAAACCACCCUGGAGAUUUGGAGGGUGACAUGUUCAAGACCUCUGCUCCGAACAUGCUCCUCUGAUAUUUGCCCUCCAGCUCCACAGCCCUCAGCCCCACAAAGGUCUCCUGCCCACCCCCUUGCCUUUUGUCCUUGAUGCACCUUCAUGCCCCCUUGCCUGGCACUGUCCCCAGGGCCACCUGCCUAAUGCCACCUCUUUUACUUCCUUCAGAACCUGCCUUCUCUGUGAAGCCUUUGUACACUAACCGCAGACCACACAGCCGUGAUCCAUUCAUCCCCAGCAUCACACAUUCAUACAUGCUGAUGGGAGUUGUAGUCCUGUGCAUCUUCUAGAGGGCGCCUGGUUGGGGAAAGGCUGCCUGGCAACAAAGCUUAAGCACUGGCAAUUGAACUGCUGCACACACUUUACCUGUGUGCACCCCAUCUCCCAUUUCCCUUCCCUUCAUCUGCUUGGUGUCAAAUGAGAAAUUGUAAGCCCCUCAGGGCAGGGACCUGCCCUUUUGUAAAGCACCCAUGCACACCAAUGGCAUUAUAUAAAUACUACAGUUACUGCUAAUAGUAACAUUACAGGUACUGGCCAGUGGGUGCCCACCAUGACUGGUCUUUUCCAAGGUUCAUCUGAAUCUCUCCAGUAACCCGUGAGGAGUCCUGGGUUUGUGGCUUUUUUGUUUUGGGGAAACUUGUCCAAGGGCAGAAAUAAUCUGUGUUUGCAUAUGCCUGCUGAAGACUCUGCCAGAUGGCCCUCAUGCUCUUAAAAAGUCUGUCUGCACAUUCUGGUUGACUCUCCAGAUUCACUUCAUUUGAUCUCCAAUGAAACCUGUCAGAAACUCUUUGGGUUGUACAGGGUUCAGUGGCAGAAGGACCAGAAGGGGAGGGGGCUGGAGCAGGGGCUGGAGAGACAUAUUUAGCUCUGCAAGUAAUGCAGUAUUUUUGAUGCUGCUGUCUAUGACCCCCCUUUUACUUUCUCUGCACCCGGGCAUGUUGUUCUGUUGCAGAGCUGAGGAGCCUGUGACCCUCGGGAUGUUGCUGGACUACAACUCCCAUCAUCCCUGACUAUUGCGGGAGGUGGCUGGGGCUGUUGGGAAGGGAAAUCUCACAGUAUUUGGAGGGCCACAGGGUUCCCCAUUCCUCUUUCUAAAAUGAUGAGGUGUCUAAUCCAGGAGAAGACACCAAACCCAGGGUAGGAGAUAAGGAACCAAGGCAGGAUGGAAGGCAGCUGUAUCACAUCGCCCAAGGCCAGGGAUCACUUGGCCCUUUCCAGCCACCGUCUGCUGGGGUUGGGUAAGAGUUGCAGUCAGAUGGAGCUUAGAUGAUUCAGUCACUCUCACUGUAGAGAGUCAGUGUUGCCUGUUCUCCAGAGUGUUCCCCUUGCAUCUCUCAGCCCAGAGUCGUGGCUUAUUCCGUGACAGGUGCCUGCUGCUGUCGGAGUUUCUUUCACUUGAGGACUUGUGUUUCAUGAGUCAGAGUGUAAAGUACAAGUAUAUAUCUGCACAAAAAGCACGUGAAAAUUGAUGUAGGCAGAACGUGAACCUCUCUAGGUAGGAGUGUUUGGAUGAAAGGCAAUAUUCGUUCGCUGCAAUUUCCCAUAAACCAAAAUGGAGUUGGAGUGGAACCCCACACUGGCAGCCCAGUCCUGGGCCUCUUCACUUGGAAGCAAGUCCCACUGUGUUCAGGUGGGUUUACUCCCAAGUAAGUGGGUAAAGGUAAAGGGACCCCUGACUAUUAGGUCCAGUUGUGACCGAUUCUGGGGUUGCGGCGCUCAUCUUGCUUUAUUGGCCGAGGGAGCCGGCAUACAGCUUCUGGGUCAUGUGGUUAGCAUGACUAAGCCGCUUCUGGUGAACCAGAGCAGCGCACGGAAACGCCGCUUACCUUCCCGCUGGAGCGGUACCUAUUUAUCUACUUGCACUUUGACGUGCUUUCGAACUGCUAGGUUGGCAGGAGUUGGGACCGAGCAACGGGAGCUCACCCCGUCGCGGGGAUUUGAACCGCCAACCUUCUGAUUGGCAAGCCCUAGGCUCUGUGGUUUAACCCACAACGCCAGCCGUGUCCCUAAGUAAGUGGGUACAGGAGUGCAAAAAGAGAUCUAAAAUUUGGUCACCGGGUUUGGCUUGGGGAGGAAGGGGCCAUCGCACAAUGACUGUAUGAUUGUACCCAGAUGUGUUGAUGUUCUAUUAAAUGGUGCAGCAGGAUUGAACUUUUAUAGCACAGCAUUGCACUUCAAACAUUGCAGUUUCUCAUGGGAAACAUGUUUGUGGGUAAAGACACCCAAGAGGUUUUUGUACCUGAAGCAGGAAAUACGAAUUGUGCCCCCUCCACUAAAAAUAUAAUUUUAAAAAACGACAUGAUUUCAUAUUUGCUGUCCUCAGUUGUUUCACCAAAAUUAGCUGCCCGCCUAGCGGAAGGCCUGUAGAUCACAAGGCUGAUGGGAGUUGUGUCCAAAACUUCUGGAGGGCACUAAGCUGGCAAAGGAACAUUGCCAAAUUCCAAGUGGCUGGAAUCUUGGCCCCCAAACCUCUUUUACAGGGCCAAAAUAGGUUUGGGAAGGUGGUGGGCUUGCAAGCCAAGCAGUGUUACCAUUUCCUUAGUAAGUUCAUGGCUCUGAGCAAAGUCACAGACUUUUAGCCCCACUUGGACAUCCAUCGAGCAUAAAAUGAAGGGUUGCCAACAUUUUGAAUCCCAUCUGUUGAUGUGCCUUCAACAGCAGCUCGAUCUGAGAACAGCAGUGGGAAGUAAUGCUUAGCUCCAUACCGUGAUCUGCUGAUUUCAGCAUGUCAUCUGCUGUGAAGGUACAAACUAGAAGCUUGGCUGGUUCCCCUCCCAACUCUCAGUUGGCGACCCUGAGAGUACUUACUGCAGAUCUCCAAGUGGCUUCUGGCUCAGUCAGGCAGUGGGGGUAAAACCCACAAGGGGGCUAUAUUUUGGUUUAGUUUUCAGGCCUGCUGUGGGAUGACAACCUGCCUAGUAGUCUAACGGCAGUGUUGGAGGUUCAGCAGAAGGAAAGUUAGAGUGUUGGAGUGGUGAAGUCAAAAAGUUCCAACAAGCAGAACACUAGCACAUCAGGUGGGAAAGCAGGGAGAGGGCUGGGUUAGAUCUUUCUUCCCUGCUGAGCUAGUUCUCUGAUUGCAUGGAUUUGUUUAUUUUUAAUAAACAUUUGAAGAAAAACUCAUGAUUUUACCCCAUUAUUCUCCUGCAUGGCCAGUCCAGGCCAGUAUUUCUUAAUUCUCUUCCUGCAUUUUCUUAAGUACAAUUGACUUUGAAAUGUUGGGUUAGGUUAGCAAUACUUGAUUCUGGAACUGUAACUGAGGCAAGGGAAUAGUUCCUUCAUUUGCUUUGUGACUGGUUUUUUAAAACUGCAGGAUCCCUUUUCCUGCCUCCAGGGCUAUUUUCAAUGGAUGUCUGUGCUUCUAAGCAGCUUUAAUUAGACUGUAUAUGUGUCUCAUUUGAAUGUAGCUUUUUGUCUGAGUUUUAAAAUUUUGUUUUGUGUGUGGGGAUUAUUGUGAUUUUUAUUUCCCUUUUUUAAAAAAUGUUGUUGUUGUUAUUAUUAUUAUUCCUAAGGAAAGCACAACGGUUUUUCAGCAUUUGCCCCUUUGUGGGUGACAUGAUGUAAUUUAUUGUCUUUUUUUCUGAUUUUAAAAUACAAACACUAAACCUAAGAUCCUAGCUCCCAAGAGGGAGAAAAGCUUUUAAAAAGAUAAUUAUUAUUAUUAUUAUUAUUAUGUAAUAAAUAUUACCAAAUCAAGGUGUGGUGUAAAAUCUUGGUGACUUUUCUUUCAAAGCCUCUAAGUGGAUUUGCUCUCAGAGUCAUAGGAUAACAAGGGUAUGAUCCUGCAGAAACAUACCUGAAAGCGGGUUGCAUAGAAGUCAGUGGGACUUUAUUAGGGCUGGGCAAUAUCUGGUUUCCAACAUCAUCAACCAGCUAAACACUGCAAUAUACUGAAAUAUCACGAUGUCUGAUUUAAGGAUGGAGCUACGGAGAUGCACUGGCUGACUCCGUGGUUCUUCUCACAUAGGAUACACACAAAACAUCAUUUGUGAUAUAGCCAGGUCAAAAUUUAUGAAGCCAAUAUCACAAUAGGGAUUUCAAACCGGCUUUGGACGAUAUAUCACCCAGUCCUAGACUUAAUUUCCAAGGUCAGAAUCCAAUGGGGUUGUCAGCUUUUACACUUAUCACUGCUACUGUGCCUAAAAUAGCAAAAACAAAGCAGUAACAAUGAAAAGAAACAAAAUGGUGUGUGUUUUUAUACUAUUUUUGCCAGCCACCCCAGACAGGGACUGGAAACCAGGGCCACUAAAAAAACAACUUAAACUACUCCCCAAUUUUGUCUCUGCUUCUGGGCACCUUUCGCUAUUAGACUCCAGUGGUUGCACUGGUUUUGUUUUAUGUUUGCGCUGUUGAUAUACAGUAUAAUAAAAAAUUUAAAAGGCAGCAGAAUGAGGGACAAAUAAAUCUGACCCACAGGGCACAAUCUGCCAGGGAGACCACCUAUCAAAUGAAAUCAGCUGGAGUUGCACAAGAACAGACCAAGGAAAUAGUAUCAAGAACUAGAAGACGACCCUGGACAUGCCCAGUUUGAAAGGGUCAGAUUUCUGCCCGGGACCCUUCUUCUUUUGAAGAGAGAAGCAGGGUGGCUAAUGUUCCUGGCUUUCCCACAUUGACUUCCUGCUAUGUGGCAUCUACGGCAAGGGCCUUUUUGCUCUUGGGUGAGGAAGAGAAGAGGACGUUUGUGGGGUCAGCUCUAGAGGGUAGCAAGAUUGGGCAGUCUUGCCAGGGAGCAGUUUGCACACCCCUCCUCUUCAAGGUUAAGGAGAGUUGCUUGAGGGUCCCUUGCUGCAUGGCCCCUCAAAUCCUACAACUGGCACUGCAAGCAAGAAGGUCCCGGGUCCUUGCAUCUCCAGUUAAAGGAGCUAAUGGGACACACACACACACACACAAAAACGGGCAUGCAAAUUGCAGGUCUAGGGUGCCACGAUCUGCUUUGAGACCAUAGUGGGGUACAAUGGGUUAAUCCCCCCAGCCCCCUCUCAUGUCAGGGUCCCAAACCUGGACCAGGAGCCUACUGCAAUCUACUUUUUUAAAAGCCAGUUGCUAAAUGUCUCUCCUUGGCCCUGAGGUCGCAGAGCUUUCUUUGUAUAGAGAAGCGGACACGGAGCAAUGGAUUCAAACUGUACAAGAAAAAAGAUUCCACCUAAACAUUAGGAAGAACUUCCUGACAGUAAGAGCUGUUUGGCAGUGGAGUUUGCUACCAAGGAGUGUGGUGGAGUCUCCUUCUUUGGAGGUCUUUAAGCAGAGGCUUGACAGCCAUAUGUCAAGAAUGCUUUGAUGGUGUUUCCUGCUUGGCAGGGGGUUGGACUGGGUGGCCCUUGUGGUCUCUUCCAACUCUACGAUUCUAUGAUUCUAUAUUUGUAAGCCUGCAGCAGAGGAAGAGAGAGAAUCGGGGCAUGCCAUAACUCUGCUGCGAGACCAGCAACAUUUGGUCUCUCCUCACCUUAAUUGCUAGUCAUUAUAAGACCUUUGCAAUUAAGAACCCGGGUCUGGAUUUGCCCCCGCUUCUCGCUCUCAUUCCUUUUUCCGUUUGUGUUGUGUCUUUUGGACUGUAAGCUUGAUGGCAGGACCUGUCUCUGUUAAGCCACCCCAGGAACCAUUUUUGCCUGAAGAUUGUCUAAGAAUGUUUUAAAUAAAUAUAUAAAUAUAAUAAACCACAACUGUUGCCUCUCAGCAGAGACAAUACUGGACUACAUGUUUCGGAUCAAUGGCACUUCUUGUGUUCUCGUGUGGCCUCGUGCCUUUGACUCAGAUUGUAUUCCACGUAUAUUUGGAGAGGGCCUCUAUCUCCAUGACUGCACACAGGCUUUAUGUUCACAAGAUCCAGCAUCUCCAGUGAAGAUCUCAGGCAGCAGACCUGCGGAAGACCCUUCACUAUCAUCUUGGAGGGGUAGAGCAAGCAAGAGGGCCAAUCCUCUUGAGUUGAUAGAAGUCCGCUUCCAAUGUUGUUUGAGGAGAGGGAUCAUAGCACAGUGGGACAGAAGUGGGAAUGAAGAUUGCAAUUGUUUGCUUGUGUGUCCCCAUGUUGAAAUACAAAUAAAUUGGAGUCCUUGGAGAGUUGAGAAAAUCAAAUGAAAAGAUUCCAAGAGCUCUGGCCAGGUAAAGGAAUAAUUUUUAGAAAGUUUUAAGUAUUUAUUUUAGAAAUAAUAAGACAAAUUCCAGUAGCAAUCCAGUUUUUAGAAAUCCAGGACAAGGCCCUGUUUCGGUUUAUUCUUCAUCAGCUCUAGUUUCAUAGUUUCAAGGUCAAAGCAUACCAUUCAUGUUUUUCUAAAAACUGGAUUGCUACUGGAAUUUGUCUUA